GUGACGUCUGCCCCUACACAAUGUCUACAGUAACCCAAGGGGCAUCGUCAAAAGAAGACUGAAAUGUUUGAGUACAUGACGGUCAUGGGCCAGAGUUUACCCACGGCGCAAGUCUCACCGUCCAGAGACAAAGUGUUUACAAUCGUCAGCUGGGUCCACCUGUCCAGCAUGUACGAGCGUUCGGCCUUGAACUUCUCUCUGGAUUUCUACCCAGGCGCCGCUGUGUUCUCCAUUGACACCGUCAACAUCUACCUGUGGCCGGCGCCAGUGGAUAACAAUCGAAUUUUCAGGAUGUGGUACCACUUUGUGCUGAUGUACCAAAACGAGACGGUCAGCAUGUACGUGGACGGCAAGUUGACCAGCCAGAAGACAGGGGUCAAGGUCGUGGAGUUGUGGAAGAACCACACCCGUCUGGGGUUCACCGUCGAUGGGAACGGAUUGACUUUCAUCUCCAACAAUAUCUUACUCAGCGGCUUACAGAUGACUCAGGGAAUUUUGACGCCAGCGGAAGUGGUCGAGUUCUCAAGGUCAUGCUUCAAACAGGUCAAGGACAGCAUGCUGAAGACGGUCCAGGUUGACCUGGCUAAUGUCUGGCCCACCACGUGCGACGAUGUGGACAACUGUGCUGGACUGCCGUGUGGUGACCACGGUGUGUGUUUUGAUGACGUGCGUGGCUACAGGUGCGUGUGUGAUGACCUGUGGUCAGGUGACCGGUGCCAGAAUCCCAGGCAGUUCUGUCUGAACAACGCCUGCGUCAACGGUUCUACCUGUGUUAGCCUGCUGGAGCAGCAGACAUACAGGUGUGACUGUCAGACAGGUUAUACAGGUCGCCUGUGUGACAGGGUAAUAGCUGAUGGGAACUGGGCAGCUUGGAGCCACUGGUCAAACUGUACAUCUUGUGGGGUGGGGCAGAGGAAGAGAGUUCGGACAUGCACUGACCCUGCCCCUGACCCCGGAGGUCAGGAUUGUCUAGGGGUGAAGGUCGAAACUCAGUUUUGCGUUGGUAGUCGUUGUCCAGUGGACGGCAGGUUCGGUGGUUGGUCCGAGUGGUCCCAGUGUAGCGCCUCGUGUGGUGGGGGUCUGAUGACCAGACUGAGGCUGUGUGACAGUCCUCAUGCUGGGUACGGGGGAGCUGAGUGUGACCCGAGCCAGGCCAGGUCAACCAUGAAGUGUAACACGGUCACAUGUCCAGAAUGCCCAAGUUUGGUGUCACGACCCGCCCAGCUUGCCAUAAACUGCUCACAACAUGACGGAGAACAAAUCUGUUCGGUUGUCUGCCCGCCUGGAAUGAUCGUCUUACCCCAUUUGGCCAACAUUUUCCAAUGUGGCAAGUCUACAAACUUCACUUGGUCCCACGUGACUUCACAGAAUCCAAAGGGUUUGUUGCCAGAGUGCACAAAUGUGAAACUGCCGAAGUCCUUGAGCAUUGAGCUGACAUUCCAGUGCGACAAGUUGCCAGAGAAUUCCAGCUCCCUGCCGGAGCUAAAGAACUUUCUGGAAGAGAGGCUGGGAUCUCAUCUUCGUUGCCAGGAGAGUUCUGGUUGUCUCGUCAACGUCAGUUUGGUGGAGCUGUCCAACGAGACGUGCGAAAAUGUGACGUCACAAGAUGAAAACCUAUUUGAUUGCCAAAGACCUGGACGUCUUGUCAUCCAUUACAAAGGUGUCCAGAAUCAGUGGCAGGGUGUGUACCUGGCGAACCUCUCAGACUACGACAGAAAAACACAAAUGGGCCAAGCCAAAAUCCUGGACGCAAUGAUAUCCGCUGUAACACAGAGCAGUGAAGAGCUCACUGGGAUUGAAAACCUUGACCUUGGUGCCAUUAACAGUUCUGUGGUCGUGGUCUCAGAGUGUCAGAUCGGUUCUGCCCUGAUGAAAGGACUUUGUGCCGACUGUCCACCAGGCACCUACACCACCAACACUGGCAGAUGUUCACCUUGUGAGCCUGGGUUCUAUCAGGAUCUCCCCAAGAUGGACGCCUGCACGCCUUGUCCCAGCUGUAAAACAACAGCAGGCUACGGCUCGUACCUGGCCAUGCACUGUGACCUUGACCUUGAUCCCUGCGUGACUAAAACAGACAACAAAUCCAACAACCAAAAUUCGUUAGAUGACAAGGCAUUGAUCAUAGGUUUGGUUAUCGGGGGAGUCGGGCUGAUUGUUUUCAUUAUCUUGCUCUUCGCCUGUGUCCUUCACUGGAGACGGCAGAAGUCUCAGGAGCCUCACCCAUACAACGUCCCUGAUGAUAUUUAUGAGGUCAGUGACCCCUACGCCCAGCCGACCCCGGAAAACGUCUAUGACGUCAUUCCAGACCACACCCAACCCCUGGACCAGCAGCUGUACAUCGACGUUAUCGACGGGACGAUAACCGAUACUGGCACUGUAUUCGAUACCUACCGCACAGCAAGUGGUGUUGACGAUGUAAUACUCGAUUCCGCCGGGAAGGUAUCGAUGGGAGACUCUGAAGCUUUAACAAAGAAGCGAGUACAAGAGUUCUGGCAUCAAUUAUCAGACCAGUUCCCGCCUGAAGAAUCAGACACGCCCACACUACCAACUCGGCAUAAACCAGUGUUUAGCUUUAGCACGAAACAAAAUCGAGGUAUGGAAGAAAUGCUGGAACUACAAAUUAUACCAGGUGGUGGCUGUAAAGACACGCCAGAUUCUAGGUAUGCAGGGUAUGGUGGUGUGGGGGGAGGUAGCAUUCAUGUGUGAAUGUAAAGACACGCCAGAUUCUAGGUAUGCAGGGUAUGGUGGUGUGUGGGGAGGUAGCUUUCAUGUCUGAAAGUAAAGACUCAGCAGGUUCUAGGUAUGCAGGGUAUGAUGGUGUGGGGAGAGGUAGCAUUCAUGGUUAAAUGAUCUGCAAGCGAUGUGGAAGUGGCAUUAAUUUUCUGGGGUAUAUACUAGUGAAUGAGAGUCGGAGUUAAUGUCUCAAUAUACAGGAGAUGGGGGAGGUUGCGGUAAUUUCUAGAAGAUCUAUAGAUGAUUGGAAGGUGGCUUUAAUGUCUCGUCCUACGGGUGAUGGGAAGGGGAUUUUAAUAUCUGGAUUAUCUAUAUGUGAUUGGGAGGUGGCAUUAAUGGUUUGAACGACAGAAUAUUGGGAGUUGGGUUUAAUACUAGAGUAUUUACAGUUGAUGGGGAAAUGACGCUGUUUUUUUUAAGAACCUUCAAGUGAUGGCGUACCGUGGGGAUAUAACUUACAUUUGUGAUCUAGACACGAUGGGGUGGUGGCAUGACUUUUAGUAGAGACAAUGAGAA